UCACUGGUUUGUUUGUCAUUUUUCGUAGAAUAUCGGCAGCGAUAGAAUCUUGACGUGUUCAACAGUUUUCUCGCGGAAAUUGAGAAACUCCGCGUAAAGGUUCCCAGCACUUCGACCUGGUGCAUUGAAAAAUACAUUAUUCGCGUCGACAAGUUACGAAAUUCACGGCGGCCUUCACCAUCCGAGAUACAUUAAAAACAUCUGUUCUACGGAAGCUGUCAAACCGUGUUUCUGGGCAGACAAACAGUCGGCCGUCAGUCGAGCAAUUCCUUAGAUUUUUUCGGUCGAAUUCCGCGUUCGAGUGGUUGUCAAGUUUACAUAUUCUAAAUCAAAACAGAGUGACUCGCGUGCGGUUGUUUCCAUGUCGCGGAGCUGAUCGAAUCGAUUUGUUUUGAUAAUAAGUAGAAUGUUGGAGCGUUGCUGCACAUGGAAAGAUGAAUUUUGCUGAGACUAUUCCACCAGAAUAUCAGAACUACGUAUUCGUUGUGAUCGCGGCGAUAAUUGUCUUGCUGGGUUGGCAGACGACUUACGUUCGAGAGGAGCGACUUCAUCCCACGGCCGUUUUGAUCAUCGACAACAAUCGCCGUCGUUUUAUUGACCUACAAGCGACAGUUGAUGCAGUCGGUCGGAGUUCAUCCAGCCAAUCGAACUAUUCAAAUGCAACAGAGGAGGCAGAAAUAGAAGUUGAAGGGAACAAUUCUUCGAUUGACAGUGUAGAAGCAGCUGCAACCACUGCAUUACAAUCGAUUAUAGACGAAGUAAAUGAUCUUGCGAUUUCUGACGAGUCACCGCCACACUAUAAUCAAUCCCUGCACCCACUGGAGGAGGAAAUUGAAGAGUUAAUAGAAGACAUCGGCCAGAGACGUAUCAUAGAAGCAAUGGAUGGCCCCGAUACUGCUGAAGGUCUACGGCGCAGACGAUUAGCAUUUUACGAAAACGAUCGGACGAGCCAAAAUCAUGAAGGUACAUCGACAAACAGACGUGAAAAUUUAAACGUCCAUCCAACAGAUCAGGUUGAUAAUUCUCAUGCAGAGAAUUGUACGAAUGAAAACAAUGAAAAUGAGAACAUAUCGAAAACUGAAAUAAAACCAUCUGUGGUUGUGGGUAAUGGUGACAGUCAACCUGAACAGCAAGCUAACUUGGACAACAGAGACGAUGAGUUUCGAAUCAAAUUGAAGUACUUAAAUGACGAGUUACGUUUAGUGAAAGGCACCCCAAAUGAAGCAAUUGGAGAUUUUAAAAAACGAAAUUUCACAGUGGAGCUGGCGGCUGAAAAGUUAGUGCGACUAGUAUUUAAUGGCCAUGUAUUACAGCCGGAUUCAAAGACAUUGCGAGCAUGUGGAUUGUUUGAUAAUUGCGUCGUGCAUUGUUUAGUCCACAAUAAGAAACCAUCAGUGAAUAAUGAUGGGGAUAAUAAUAAUGCUACUCAGGACGAAACAAGUAGUGGUCAAGCAACACUUGGAGCCGAAACAUUCUCCGAUCGUACUAGCGGCGGCGUUGCUUUCAUAUAUCUAGGAAUGGCCUUUAUAGUUUUGGCUAUGGUCUUUUGCUGGUAUUGCAGAUUCCAAUAUGGGCACCUAUUCUCGUGGUACUCAACAACGGGCUUAGUCUUAAUGACCGCUAUAUUCCUCAUCAUAUUCCCGAUAAUUAUUUUAAUUGAACGAGGCGUUACGACGUAGAUUGUAGCAAACCAGCCGGAGAAUGAUUCUAAUCAGAUCAAUGAUAUACAAUAGUUUAGGAAUGAAAACAAAGGAACAAUUUAAGAUAAAGAAUUUCAAUGAACGGAGACGAAAAAACGAGAGAUGCACGCUAUUGUGUAAUAAAUCAUAUGGAAGAUUUGUACAUUUUACUUUUAUUGAAAUAUCUUGCAUUGUAUAAAAGAAUGUUUUUUAUUCAUAUAUAUAUAUAUAUAUACAUUUAAUAUAAUUAUGUUCCCAGCUUCGCUGUGAUUUUGAUUUCAAAGAAAACGAAAAAUAUUAAAUUUCAUUUAAACAAA